UUCCUGGAGAAAUCGAUAAAUUUCCAAAAAUUUUUUUUAUUUUCGCAUAUCUCGGUAUUUGUGUUUCAUUUCAAUAUUUCGUUUAAAUUAAAUAUCAUCUGGCUACCCCUGGUAAAUGUUUCAUUUCCUGGGAAAGCUCCACAAGUAUGGACCGCGAACUUCAACAACACAGAAGGAGUUCAACAACCCUUUUGUUACGUUCAACAGAUAGUGCUAAGGGUUGCAGUAUUGCCGUGGAAAGCUGACCUUACGUUAGGGGAUGCUUUUCGGGCACCUAUUUAUGAGGCUUUUAAAUUAUUAGAUGUUGUUAGGAAUUAUCAAGACCAAAAAAGUUUAAAAAAUUUGGGUCAUGUAUGUCUUCAUAUUGAAGCAAUUAAAAGAACAAACGAUAGAUCAAACAUUCUACCCCAAUACAAUUGUCUUGUACUAUCACCAGCGAAUCUCUGGAAUCAAGAUAUUCAACAAUUUUCUCAAGAUAGCUCAAUUCUUAGUACCAUUUUUAACUAUCAUAGUUUCCAAAAAGGAAAAACAUCAAUUUCUGAUAUGGUUUUUGGCAUGCACCUAUUUGAUACAGGCAUUAAACGAUAUCCUAUGAGAAGCAGACCUCGGAUUAUACAAUAUGCACUUACAAUAUUUUUUAAAGAUUUUGAUUCAGAGUUUAUAGAAGGAUUGCGAGAUAAAUUAACUACGUUGUAUCCUUUGUACCAAAAUUCAAGUUCAUCUUUCAACUACAAAUUAAAUGAUACUGUUUUAAUUAAAUAUCCAGGAGAAAUAAACUAUGUGGAAGUAGUACCGCUAAUAAUCGCGUUUGGUUUACUGUUUCUCUAUUAUUACUUUUCUGUGCGAAAAAUUGAAAUAAUAAAAUCCAAACUGGGAAUGGCGUUUACUGCCACAUUCACAAUAUUUUGUAAUCUUACUAUGACUAUGGGAAUCUGUUUUUUCUUUGGUUUGACUCUUAAUUCGGAUGGUGGAAAAGGAAUUAUACCUUAUUUAACUUUACUGGUUGGUUUAGAAAACGUGCUUGUUCUUACCAAAAGCGUUGUUGCAACACCUUUGCAUUUGGAUGUCAAAAUCAGAAACGCACAAGGAUUAAGUAAUGAGGGAUGGUCCAUAACUAAAAAUUUACUAUUAGAAAUUACAGUCUUAACUUUUGGACUCUUUACUUUUAUUCCAGAAAUUCAGGAAUUUUCCAUUUUUUCAAUAGUUGCUCUUAUUACUGAUUACUUCUUGCAAAUGUUCUUUUUCUUGACAAUUCUCGGUCUAGACAUGAAUCGUAUGUCACACGCAAUAGAAAAAAUGAGUCAGAAGCUAAGAAAUAAUCUAUAUCAGCAACAGAGUUUCUUUGAUAAACCUUUUACUGGUGUUAAGGGUAUGGUACGGUCCAAAUCACAUCCUAGACUUACAAAUUUCCCAUCAAACAUUGUAGUUGCUCAAAAACAAGGUCCACAAGAAAAGAAAAUUCCCAAAAGAGUUAAAUUAGUCAAUAUUUGGGCUAGUACAAGAAUUUUUCAGAGAUCCUUCAUGCUUCUUAUGUUGAUGUACAUAUUUUUGAUUAUUUAUAAAAGUGACAUAAUGAAUCAAUUCUUACGUAAAACUGUCGACAAACCAGCAGAGAAUGGUACAAUAAUGCAUUUUGAAAGUGUACCUACAGUAAAUAUGUAUCCAAUAUCAACACCUGAUUAUCCGGUUAGUAUCAACUAUGUAACAUAUAGUCCUCCAGAACAGUAUUCCCAAAAUCAAACACAAGGUAUAGAAAAAUUAAAGCAUCCUGACUAUACUCCUUGGUUGAAAUUACCUUCAAGACAUUGGUCAGCCAUUCUUCGAAAAUAUAACGUUUCCAUAAGUGGUCAAGUAAUCGCAUUAUUACCAAAUAUUAAAUUAUCUCAUGUUGUUAGACCGGAACAAGCAGUAAUACUGAGAAAUCCAAACGAAAAGUAUGGAGAUACAUUUCAAUGGCACGCCUUAGCUGUUGCUUUGGAUCCGAUAGACUUUUAUGAUGAAACAGCAGGACAUUCGAUUCCUCAGUCAGAUCAACCAUUUUACCCUACAUCCCCUAUGGAAAUAUUUUUAACAACAAUUCUCUGUUUAAUCAGCGUUGUAGUUUUGGCAUAUGGUGUUUUUGUCCUGUAUCGAUGUAUAUGCUCGAGAAAUUACGCAGAAUGGAGAGCUUCUUGGUUUAAUGAAAAAGUUGAAGAACAACAGGAAAAUCAAGUGUUACUGGAGGCUAUGCCGAUUGGAUUAGAAGGUCAUAGUCAAGAAAUUGAAUGCAUCGCUACCGAUGGUACUAAUAUAGUUAGCGCUUGUUUGGGAGGGCAAAUCAAAGUUUUCGACAAUAACACGACAGAAGUAAUAAGUCAAAUUGAUAGAAAAUCAAUUUUCAUAGACGCUAAAUCAUCAGAUCUGGCUUCUGAACUAGAUGAAACCCUGUCAGACUACGAAUCCGGUUCGCCUCCCUCACGGGAGGAUUCUUUUCCGAAACUCCUCAAUCGUAUAAAUACAGAUUUCUCUAACACUACUGAUGACCACUGGGAUCCAACAGAGUAUACUGAUUCCAAAUACAAUUUUAAUAAGUCGUAUCGACAUUUCUAUUAUAAUCAUAAUUUCGGUACAAGAUUAAGAAAUCGAUAUGAAUCUUUAAAAGAGGGAACCUCUAAAAGACACAGCAUGGAAAACAUUGCGAAACGUAGAAGUUUAAAUAGUGGAGACGAUGGUGAAGUGAGAACUAAAAAUAAUGUAAUAUAUAGUAGAUCUAGUUCUGGAGGUGACAGUAAAUCCAAUACUCCAUGCGAAAGUGGUGACAGUAGUAACUUUUCUGGAUGUAAAUGUAAAUUAUCACCUAUAUGGUGUAUGGACUAUCUGGACAACUUAAUCGUUAUUGGUUGUGCAGACGGUAGACUUGAGUUUUGGGAAGCAUCUUCUGGAGACUUAAAAUGUAUCUUUGAAGACGGUGUGGAAUCUGGUAUAAAUCAUCUGAAGAUAGUAGGUGCCAAAGUAAUUGCUGUAAGACUGUGCGGUUUAAUAGAACUGCUCCAGCUUCAAACCUACAAUCAAGGUAGGCCAAUAGACUGGAAUUUUACUUGUGCGUAUAGAAGAAUGCACGUGAGAACUGCUUCUGCUGGUUCUAUUUCUGAGCAGGACCUCAAGAAACCGGGGAAUAACGAAGAAGAUUUGCGUGUUAUUAAAAUCCAUUCUUCAAAAGCACAUCAGCAGCCUAUCACAUGCCUAGACUGCGAAGGAGGGAGAAUAUUGACUGGUAGUCAAGAUCACACGCUAAAAGUUCUUAGGUUAGAAGAUGGUAGUCCAGUGUACACAUUGCAUGGUCAUUGUGGACCAAUCACGUGUUUAUUUAUUGACAGAGUGAAUCCAGCAACAUCGGGUAGUGGUUCACAAGAUGGGAUGUUGUGUGUUUGGGAUUUAUUGACAGGCGCCUGUAUGUACAGCAUUCAAGCUCAUGAUGGAAGUAUAACUUCGUUGACAUACUCAGAGAGCUACGUAAUAUCUCUGGGUACGGACGAACGGCUUUGUGUAUGGGAACGUUUCCAAGGUCACUUGCUCAAUACCAUUCAUGUUUCCCAAACAUUUUCCAGCCAAGUUUUGAUGUUAGCACAACAUUUGGUAGUGACAGCCAGAAGCGGAGGUUUGAUCAUUUGGGAUGUUCGGACGGGAGAUUGUGUUAGGACAAUAACGUUAGGAAGGGGCCCGUUCGUCUUUAUAAAUCAACUAGUGUUACUGAGAGACGCAGUGUUGUGCGAUUAUGGAAAACAGUUAAUGAUCAUUAGAUUUCCAUUGAUGACACAUAAGUUUGAUUAAUCUAGGUAGAUUUUCUUUCAAAUUUACCAUUGCAGAAAUAUCAUUUUUUAUCAAAACGUUGUACUUAUAGUUAUGGAUGGAAAUCAUUAUUUAGGUAUUUAAUUUUGUUUCUCGUUAUUGAUAAUUUCCGUGUAUCAGAGGUUUUUCAAUACAUCAAUCGUCUUUCUUAUAUAUUACAUAUCUUAAAAAAUGCGUUCUACAAAUACCUUUUGCCCAAUAACUAAUAUGUGUAGAGUGACAUUAUAUUCGUUCUAACCAGAUCCCAAUUAACCUUAUCGACCUCAGUCCAUACUCAGUUUUUCGAAUAAGCCAAACUUUGAUCUGCAAUUUAAAUCCAUAUUCGAAGCCAAAGCCUAGAAUAUACUCGGUCAUCCUAUUCAUUGUGCAGAACACUUUGAUUCUCCGAUCACUGCUCCUACUAAUGAAUACACCAAUAAGGAGCUGUGUACGUUCGGCAAAAAUAGCUUCCGAUAUUAAUAGAAUAUAUAUUCUUACUAAUCACAGAAACAGUCUGUGCUAUCCCCAAGCUUAGCUUUUUCUACUUCUUGGAAAAUAGCAAGCAGGUGCAUGAUUCCCAAACAAGGGUCCGUCUCACCAACGUUGAAUCCUGUAGGCCAAUUAUUUAUCUUCUAACACUCUAGUCAACGUGACUUAUUAAAGAAAGAAUCUGGAUUCAAAUCUGGCCAUUCAGCCACUUCUUCCAUAUUUCAAAAUCCUACACUUUUGGAUAAAAAUAGCACAUCAUUUAUUCCUACUUUUUACCCGAGAAGUAAUUAUAUGACACAACAGAUGUGGAAGGUGUGCAUGAACACCGAUAUUGAAAUAGUCACAAACCUAAAGUUAAGACAUGUAACCAAUGAUUUCCAGGAAAUUACAAAUAAAACUUAUUUCUAUAAACUUUGUAUAACCCUCGGAAUCAUUUAAAGUACAGUUCUUAUUUUUAUAUCUUUCUCUCUAUCUCUUUUAAUUCUUUCGACAAUUGUUUCAUCUGUUGCUCCUUUUUCCUUUUUAAAUGAAAUUAUAUGCAUUUGUUUUUUUCUUUGUUUGCUGUUUUUACCUCUAUCUUCCCAUCCUCAAUUAUUCUCAAGUAUUCGAGCGUCAGUAUUUUCUCUAGACUUUUAUUUUGAGUGAAAGUAACUGUAAAGUUCUGUUGUAUAAUAUACUAUAUAAUAAAUAUGGCAAUGAAAUCCUUAUAGGAGAAAGAAAGAUAUAGACCACAAGUUCUUUAGAUAAAUCGAAAAGGGUUUUGUUUUUUCAAGACAUUAAUUUAAAUAUAUUCUUUAAAAAAAAAAUGAAGACGCGGAAAUGUUUAUCAGUAAGUUUUGAUCGAUUUGAACUUUGUUUAUUUGAACACAUCUACAGCUCUCCUAAUUUUUCCUAAUUAAAUUAUAUUUCUGCAAUGAUUUAAUUUUUGUAGUUUACGCUGCGCACCCUUGUACAUAAAUAGAUUCAGUUGCACAGAGCUUUAUGUUGAGUAUUUUAGCUUUAAAGCAACUGGGUUUAUUCGUCGCAACAAUUUAUAUUUUUUGAUAAAUCAAAUUUAGUAUGUGCCUUAUACAUUUUCGAUAAUUGUUUUUAUUACUGAUUUUUUGUCAAACCGUAGUUGUUUUUUAAUUUAUUAAAUUGUUUUAUAAAUUAUUUAUUAAAAUUGUCACCGAAACAGCAAGAUUUGUAGUUUUAAUAAAAGCCUUUGUAUGUCAUUAACGGAUUAAAAGAAAAAAGAAUUAACAGUAGAAUAACAGCAAUGUAUGUUGACAUAUUCCUAAUCACUCAAUAUUCUUAAUUUAAUUUUCAUCAUAGUUCAUAUAGGACAAAUUUGAUAUUAAACUAGUCCUAAAUCAUUAUGGUACAAAAGCUAUAUGCACAUCAUUCGUCAACAAAAACCACGUCGUCUAAUACUCGUUCUUGUUAAUUAAGCUUAGUUAAACGAUUAAAGUGGAUCAAUAAACAUUUUAAUCAACUGGAUAUAAUUUUGUGUUCACCAGAAACCUGUCACGUAUUUCAGCUCUAAAAUGGCACGCAAAAACCAGUGUAUACAAAUGUUAAAUUUGUAAAAAAAUUUUAAGGAAAAAUGAACACAACCUUUUUAUAAUUAGAUGAACACAUAGAGAUAAUUGUGUUUUUUUUUUAAGAUUUUCAAUACCACAUAUUUACACCACUUUUUUAGAAUUUUAGAACUAGUAUAGCUAAUUUUAGAACUAUUUAUUGUUUAAACUAAAAAGUGGAGAUCUCUUUUUAUUGAUCCAUUAAGUAAUUGAUUGGUUGAAUUUUAUAGAUCAACUAACUUUAUGCCUAAUAAUGCGCAUUUUUUAUUGAAAAUGUUUUUGUUGAUAUAUUAUCAGUGCCUACACAUGUUUGUGCAUAGGCUAUGGCAAUAAUACUUCUUGAUCUCAGCAGGCCGUCCAAUUCGUCUACAUCACAAGUGUUUCUAAACUAGAUUAAUAUUAGAUACCUCGCCGCAUUGCAAUGGGAUUUCAAAUAGUUUACAAUCAGAAAUCAAAUGUAAUUAUCAAUUAGGAAUGAUAAUUACGCAUCUUGAAACCUAAAACCCAACAAGCCAAACAAAUAUAAACUGAAGGCGAUUAAUUUAAUUUUAUUACCAAAUAUAAUAUGGGGUUUUUGGUAUUUAAAAAAAAAUUAUACAAGGAGAUGUGUAUGUUAUAUUACAAAUAUUUUACAAAAAGUACUCCUGCUACAAGCUAUCAGUUUUAUUAUUCCAAUUCUAGCUAGCAUAAGAAGCAAAUUAAACACAAGGCUUGCGAAAUUAAGAUGUCGUUGGUACUCUCACUGGGAAGCUAUAUUAUAAGUCUUAUUAAUUUACAAAAUGCAACAAAAUAUACUGUGUAAGUGCCAAUACUGUCAGAGAUUUUUUACAACUGUAACCGAUGCACGUUUUUACGAAAUAAGAGUAACUGAUUACAUAUAGUAGAUAACAUAGAAAUGCUACAAGAAAAUAAUUUUAGAAGAAUCAUAUGUCACCCAAAGAUUGUAUCUCCGUUCUCGAGCCUAAAAUGUUACAGAAAACCUAUUUGUCCCCUUCUUUUUGGACGAGAAGAGAAAACUAAAAAAUAACUGACAAAACCUGACACCCUGGGAAAAUGGUUUAACUGUGUAACAGGUUCAACAGCAAGUAAAUAAAUUUCUAACAGUCGUUUUGAACUGUAGAAUUAAUAUUCUUUUUAUUUCUUGAUCAUCUUUCCCUCUAGAGUCGAAAACCACUCCAAGAUACAUGUAGUGGUCACAGGACACAAUUAUGUCAUUAUCUUCGAAUGUGAUGUUCGUCAUCCCGGUUCCUAUUAGCGGACACAUUGUUGUUGAGGUAAUAAUUUCCAACCCCCCCAAUUUCUAUAUUACUUUUGAAGUUUCUUUGCCAUACAUUCCCUAUCAUCUUUAUCAUUCGCUAUGAUGUCCCGGUCAUCAGUAAACUGCAAGGUAUAUAAACAGAUCUCUCCCAAAGUUUACACCCGUACCUUCUAUUGUUUCAACCUUCGCAACAUACAUCCUUAACAAGGUUGGCAAAAUACAGCAUCAUUGAUGUAGACCUUUAUUGGCAAGGGAUCUUUGUAAUAGUUUAUUUCCAUUCUUAAUUUUGGAUGUUGUUACUUCAUAUAAAUUCUAUAAGGCUGUGAUUAGAGAAGCUAAUGUUGGUGUUUCUAGUAAUACUUUCCUGAGCUUGUUGAUAAAAUAAAAUAAGUCGAUAACAUGCUCAUAUGUCAAUAAUAUGCUUUUAAUACUUUUAUAAUUAUGAAAACUUUUAUGGAUCAAAAUACUAUAAAAGAAAUAUGGUUGUAAAAUGUGAGCUAAUUUUUGGCAUAUAAACAGCCAGCCUUAAAAAAUAAAAAACUUUUAUAUCAAAGACCUAAGUUAGCCCAAAAUAAUUUGUUAUUUUGAUGCAUUUCAACAGAGUAUUUCAAUUUCUAUAAGACAAUUUAUCAUAGAACAAAUGUUGCUGUUUUCAAGUAAAAACAAGAAUUGACGUUACAGUUACGGUAACUAUUUUUGUAAUUGUUAAUAAAGUUUUUAC